GGCAGUUGUCAGUACUGUAACGAUUAGUUUCGGGAAGCGUUGCUAUUUUGGGUUGAUAAUCGAUUUUUAUAAAUAUAUAUAGUAAUUGACGAAACCCAAAAAGGAUAUGAGCAACAAAGACUUCGACGAGAAGGACCGUUCGAGGGAACGAUCGCGUCGAGAGCGGCCCAGCCGUUUUUCGGAGGCCAGCCGCGAUCGCAGCAUGGACAGGGGCCGCGACCGCGGCAGCAUGAAGUCCUCCAACAACCGUGUGUACGUAUCAAACAUUCCUUAUGAGUAUCGUUGGCAGGACAUGAAAGAUUUGUUUCGGAGCGAGGUCGGUGAUGUACAGUUUGUCGAGUUGUUCGUCGACGACAACGACAAGCCGAAGGGUUGUGGCAUUGUCGAGUUUAGCGAUUCGGUCAGCGUGAAAAAGUGCCUCGAGAUCAUGCAGCGGUAUGAGGUUAAAGGUCGCAAGCUGAUUGUCAGGGAGGACAGUGGCAACCAGCGAGAUAAGCAUGGCAAUAUUGUUGGAAGUAAGCGUGGCGGAGGCGGCGGCGGCGUCGGAGGAAGGGACGACGGUCGUUACAGAGAUGAGCGAGAUCGUUUCGAUAGUCAUAAGGGUAUCAGGCAAGACGAUAACAGCUGGGGCAACACCUAUGGUCUCAGUCCUCAAUUUCUCGAGUCCUUGAAUAUCGAUGCGCCCCUUUGUAACAGGGUGUUUGUCGCCAAUUUGGAAUAUAACAUUGACAAGAAAAAGUUGAAGGAGGUGUUUAGGUUGGCCGGUAAGGUGCAGAAGGUCGAUUUUCCUCUAGACAAAGACGGCAGAAGUCGAGGUUUUGCCGUAAUCGAGUACGAUCAUCCGGUGGAGGCGGUGCAGGCGAUAUCGAUGUUGCACAAUCAGGUGCUGUUCGACCGUCACAUGACGGUGCGGAUGGACCGUGGCAACGAGAACCUGAAACUGCCCGAAGGUCUGAAGUCGGUCGGAAUGGGUCUGGGAACGAACGGGGAACCGUUGCGCAAUGUCAGUGUGAAUCUGCCGUCGGUGACCGGCAACCAAGGUGGUCAGAUCGGUGCCGGCAUUCUGGGGGCCGUGCCCAAUUCGGCGCUGCAGGUCGCCAACGCCCUGUCCUCCCUGAACAAUCCCCUGACCUCUCUGACCAAUCAGUCGGUGCUGCAGGCGGCCAAUCUGACUUCUCUGUUGGGUAACGGCCUUUCGAAUACGGAUCUGUCGUUGGCGAACAGUCUCGUUUCCAGUUCCCUCGCUCAUCAGAACCAGUCCCAAAUGUCCGGGCCCGGCAAUGUAAAUCAAAACAUGCCCUCCAACCCCAUCCAGCCGUUCUCGCGCUCCGACAACUACUCGAAUCAGGGCUCCAAUUAUAACCAAGCCUACCAGAACAAUCAGAGUCGCGGGGGUGGCGGAGGCGGCGGAGGCAGCGGCGGUAGCGGUGGGGGUUACCAGCCGUUCGACGGGCAGAAGAACAAUUUUGGGAAUAACAUGAUGCGGUCCCCGCAAACCGACAACAAAAAUAUGAGUGGGGGUUCGUUCAACAGGAAAAUGUUGAUCAGCAAUCUUCCUCCCAUGUUGAAUUAUAAGUUGUUGCACGAGAAGGUCAGUGAGUUUGGCGACAUUAUCUUGUUCGAGGAACAAGGCCUGGGCAAGAUAGCGGUCGAAUUUGCCGCCCCUUGGCAAACCGAGAGAGCUAUCAAAAGUUUGGACAGAGCACGUAUUGACGGGAGGGUGAUCGAAGCAAGACUAUUACAUUGAAUUGGUUUCCUUGGUUGAAUUUGAGGGUACCUUAUGAAUUGACUGGAUCAUUAAAUAGUUUCCGGUGUUUUGUGGAUGUUUGAUCGUUUACCAUUUCAUUUUUGACUUAGUUUUUUAGUUUUUUUAUGAAUUCGUUGUACAAAUCUAAUAUAUAAAAUGAUUAAAUAAUAUUAAUGUAACAUUAAUUUUUUUAAAUAAAUUACAUUAGAUAAUGUAA